GAAAACCAUCCUCUAUUGGUACACAGCAAAUCUCUGGAGUUAAAUAUUCUGGAGUUAGGCAUAAAAGUGCGCAAGAGUUACAUUCCAGGAGUUUAUUUUUCACCUUAUACUACAGUCAGUGUUGGGGAGUACUCUCAAGCGGUGUAAUAUUUAGGUGUUCAUUCACUGAGUGCUAUGGAGUCUAAUUCAACACUUGCUGGUGUUGUUUGUCUUUCAACCGUUACCCCGCCUAUCUGUGCUUGUCUCUUGGACUCCGACAUGUAGGAGGUGGCGAAGAUGUUGAUAAAAGUAAAACACAGAGAGACAAAGAAAUAUGUCAAAUUGGAAGAAGUCAGCUUCACAGAUUUUAUGAGUGCAGUGCAGCAGAAGUUUCUCAUACCAGAAAAUGCAGCACUGAAAGUCACGGAUGAGCAGGGUAUAGAGGUGGAUGAGGAUGUCUUUCCUGAACUUGCAGGAGUCAAAGAGGUGUGUUUUGUCAUCUAUACAGCUGAAGACAUCCUGGAAACAGAAUCAUCCAAGAAGCUGCGUGACUGCUCAGACCUAACACACUAUGUGACACUCACACCUUGUGAUUUGACUGCCCUGAAGCAACAUGUGGAAGAGCCCUCCUCUCCAAGUCUAACAGAUACAUUGUCUGUCUCAACCACCAGCAGUCAGAGCAGUGACACAAGUGAUGCCGGACUUCAAAUGGUUCAGCCUCUAUUGGACAGCAUACAUGCAAGAAAUACAGUGGAGCAGAUUCUGACUUCCAAACCAGCAGGGGUGACUGUCAUCCAUGAGUAUGAAAAAACUGGGAGUUUGAAAGAUUCCACCAGGCGAUUAAUGGUGAACAUCAUUGUAGCUCACAUGCGUGAAAAGGAAGGGAGAACUGUAAGUAAAGCAACAAAGGAGUUUCAUGCGCUUGGAAUCGUGUCACUCUUCCCAUCUUUGAAGGAUCCGUACUCCAAAAAGGGAUAUGAGCAUUUCUAUGACAUUCAGAGCAACAAAGGUUUUCUUGAGUGGCGUAUCAAGACUGUGCAACGUCAAUCCAAAACCCCCACUGCAUCACAGAACAGAGUGGAACUGAAAGGAGGGCCCACAUCACAAAGGACGUUUGGUUUCACUAAUGACCAGCAAACAAGAGAUCAAUGUAUGGAAGCCAUGUCUCUUCUUCAUCACACCACUGACCAAGAUAUAGUCUUCCAGAAGAUGAGAGAGACAUUCUACUAUCGUCAGCAGAUACUCCAUGACCCACAAGAAUCAGCAAACAUUCUUCAGAUGUUUCCUCGUUUUUUGGACACUAAAGGACUGAUUUUGCAGGACUUUGCAAUGAUGUUUGGAGUAGAGACUGCUUCCAGGUUCCUGGAAAAAUGGAACACCAGUUUUAAAGAUAAGGUUGCCAGGGAAGCCAGAGACCUUAAAGAGACUUGUCUUCUGAAAAGAUUGCUGAAAUCUGCCUUGAACGAAGAAAUGGAUGAUGCUGAUGAGCCAGAGUGGGACAGCGACAUGGCUUCUCUUCUUGUUCUGCUGCACCUUCUCACGCCACAACCAGCUGGAAGGAAACGGCCAAAGAUGAGUGUUGGAGAGGCAAUAGAUCAUCUGGUUAAAUUUCACAAGUCCUGCCAGAGCCUUGAGGAUCACCUCAUGAACAAUGAAGGAAACCCUCAGCCAUAUCUCCUGGCCACAGGGACUUCAAAAGCACAGGAUUUAACAUACUCGAUGGCUGACCCUAAGAACAUUCCUCCCCUGUUGUUCUUUUAA